CUAACCACCCGGCCACAUACAACAGAUGCACUGCAGAUCGUCUCUGUGAUCUCUCAGGAUGGACACCUACACAGAUGCAUCUUAUGAUUACUACCCUGACAACUUUACUUUACUUUACGAGGAUUUAGUUAAUGUCUCAGAGAAUUGCUCUGGCUCCCGCCUGCAUGGCUCCAACAUCUUCCUGCCCACACUGUAUUUCCUCAUAUUUUUUACAGGCUUUCUGGGCAACCUCUUUGUUAUCUCAGUCGUGGGCAGCAAAGGUAGGAGAGGUGGGCGUCUGGUGGACACUUUUAUUGUCAACCUGGCCCUGGCCGACCUCGUCUUUGUCCUCACGCUGCCUCUGUGGGCCAUCUCUGCAAGCCAGAGUGGCUACUGGGACUUUGGGAGAAUUGGGGACCUGCUGUGUAAACUGAGCAGCUAUAUUAUAGCUGUGAACCGCUUCUCCAACAUCUUUUUUCUCACCUGCAUGAGUGUCGAUCGUUACCUUGCUGUGGUGAAGCUGAUGGACUCAAAGUACCUCAGGAGCAGCAGGUGCAUCCGUGCCACUUGUGCUGCCGUGUGGUUGAGCUCACUGGUGCUUGGCAUCCCAUCCCUGGUGUACCGCAGAGUGGAGCCGUCCGGUGAUGGACUCUCCUGCGUGGAAGAUAACAACUCAAGUUUUUUUCUUGGCCUGAGCCUCACCAUGGCGUUCCUCACCUUUGUCUUCCCAGUGUUAAUCAUCGUGCUCUGUUACGGCACCAUCGUUGUGCAUCUCAACCACCACUGUUCUGCAAAUCCUCGAGCUGAAGCCCGUCGCAGACACUCCUUCAAGAUGGUCCUCUCCAUCAUAGUGGCCUUCGUGGUGUCCUGGCUCCCCUUCAACGUCUUCAAAGUCAUUAUAAUCAGCUCACAUCUCUUAAACGCUGAUCUGAGUUGUGAUGCUCAGACAUGGCAAAGAGACGGGCUCCUCGUCUCGUGCUGCCUGGCCUUCCUCAACAGCUGUGUGAAUCCAGCCAUUUACUUUUUCCUGGACCAUCACUUCAGACGACGGGCCAAGCUCCUGUACAAGAACUGCAUAGGACAGCCAAAUUUGCUGUGGAGCCGCAACUCCUCAGCCUCAUUCACCAACGUUGGCACUUCAGAGAGCUUUGGAACAAGUGGUGGGAGAACCCAGCUGCAGGUGGUUGAGUUGGAGAAGACAUAACUCUUUUCUUUAACUUUGAAUGUAGAAAAUUUAUUGUUUGAUUAUUAUUAUAUGACAGCUUGUCAUGUUCAUUUUUAUAAUGAAAGACUUUGUGCAUAUUUCUCUCAAAGGAUGUUUAAACAUAAAGUAAAAUCAGAUAAAAGGCAAAACAAUUAAUGCCAUUAGUGGCAUAAUGUGAUUUUCCUUUGUCGUACAUUUCCUUCAUUCAAAUUUUCUACAAAUACUAAACAUGCUGUUUAUACUGCUUAUACUGUAUGGUCUUGUAUGAAAACCCUUAUCAUUUUUGCAGCAUUAGUAGAACGCAAU